AUGCGCGCGCGGGAUGCCAGACUUCGCGGCGGAGCGCACAGUGCGCACGCGCGCCGCCUGCGGCUCCGCGCGCCCCCGGGUCUGCGGGCCGGGAGCCCGCCGCGCGCCUCUCGCGCGGAGGCCCCGCUCCCGCCCCGAGCGCCGAGGCCCCGCCCCGAGCGCCGAGGCCCCGCCCCCGCCCCGAGCGCCCGCCCCGCCCCCGGGAGAGGGCGGUGGGGCGCAGCGAGCGUGCGCGCGGCCCGCCCCGGGCGCGGGCGGAGGAGAGAAGGAGGGGCGCGCGCGGCGGCCAGCCCGCAGACGCCGGGAGCCGCGCAGCAGAGAAGAGCGCUGGCCGUGAGCCUGGGCGAGCCGGUACGGGGCCCGCGGGCUCGGGCGGGGGACAGCGGGCGGGCGGGACUUGGCGCCGAGCGGGCCCCGGGGGCCCUGGCCGGAGCGGACGGCCAUGGGCCCGCGCGAGCCGGUUCUCCAGAAACUUUAUGCCUGCGUCCCCCACCUGCUCCCGGGCGCUUCUCGCAUCUUCUGGCCGGCUGGGAGAGGAGAGGCCCGGCGCCCUCCGCCGCGACCCCUCCUCCCCGCCCGGCCCCGCCUCGCGGGCGCUCGGAGCACCCCCCACCCCGGCCGCCCACCCGGGCUGCUCUCCUGCUGCGGCGGCGCCUGGGCCCGGGUCCCGGCCCUCGGCUCCUCGCGAGCAUCCUCUCUGCUCCCCUCCCCCUCCCUGACCCCUCUGCUCCCCGGUCCAGCCAUGGUCUCUCUCUGCCUCCUCGCCCCGCCGCCACCGUUCGCCCGCUCCGAGCCUCGGGAGCGUCGGCGGCUUCUUGCCUCUUCCGAAGGUUUCUGGUGCAGUGA